GCUGCUGUAAAACUAUUUCCCUGUGGGAAGUAAAUACCAGCUUGAAGAAAUUUACAGAAAGGUCCAUGCUGAUGAAACGGACUUUGCAUACACUGCAUCGCGUGUGAUUGGCUUACAAUUGCGUUGUUGUCAAUCAACCUGUCGAUUGUCGUGCACCGUGUUGAAUUCAAGAUGGCGGAAGGCGGAUGAUGCUUACAUGAGUAGUAACAGUUGUCCCGGUGAACAAGUACCUUAUGGGGCUUUUGGAACUACCAUUUUGUCAUGAGCUUACUAAAGAAACUUGCGUCUUUGUCCCCUCUUCAAUCACCGAGCUCAGACGCUGACAAGAAGCAGUUAGACGAUGGUUUUGUGGAAGGGGCCUCAGAUGACCUGAGACUAGUUGACGUACAUUGGAAUAACGCAAAGGCCAUAAUAGCUCUGGACGAGAAAACUAUUGGACACCAUGAGCGAUGCAAUAUUUUAGUGUCUUAUUUAAAUGAAAUUGUUUCUGUUUUAGUCGACGAAAAGGACGGCGAUCCGGGACCGUGUUUACAAUACGUUCUGGACGAACAUGUUUUUCAAAGGGUCUUCACCUGGAGCGCGUCGAACAAAACUUACGUCAAAGACAUGAAGAGGGAACAGCUUAGGUUAUUUAGGAACCUCAUAGAAAAAGGCAGAGCGCCUUUGCUUAUUUACGAGCAAGUUUGGAAACCUUUGCUUUAUCUUUUGCACUCCUGCGUCAACAACAUCUCUUCAGAUAUGGAGGAACAUUUCGUGGCUGUCCUGAAAGGCCUUUGCGUGAGUGUGAACCGGGAUAUUGCCCUGCUAGAUCUGUUCUUCUUGGAUAAUCAUCAUCACACCCAGAUUGCCAAACUAUCAGUGUUUUCACUGCUCAUUCCUUUUGUCCACCGAGAGGGAAAUUUGGGAAUCUGGGCUCGCGAUGCAAUGUUGCUAUGCAUGGCACUGUCAUCUGUCGACACUAGACUGGGCACGUACAUCGCCGAAGAGACAGACUUUUGUCCCGUGUUGGCAACAGGGCUAAGUGCAUUGUACUCUGAUCUGCCAACCUCUCUGGAUAUACCAUCAGAAGACUGGUAUUCCUUGGAGAGGGGACUCUGGGCAACAUUUCCUGAACUGGUGUCCUUUCUGACAUCACUGGAGUUCUGUAACAAUGUUGUUCAGAUUGCCCAUCCUCGAGUUCAGUUCAAGCUGCUGGAUCUUAUCUAUCACGGAUUUCUUGUGUCAGUUAUGGCAUCAUCACUAAGUCAGAGCUCCACUGAAGCCUUAAUUGCUGCCACGUCCUACCUGGAUCUUUUCCUACGCAGCAUUACUGAUGCUAACUUGAUGAAAGUGUUUCUGGAGUUCAUUAUGGUGGAGCGAUCAGAUGGCACUCCCAUUCUGGACUUGCUUGUGUCAAGAAUCUCACAUGAAUCACAGCUUGCUGUUGUGUCACUGGGUUUGUUUUACACUCUUCUGGAUCUGAAUUGUGAGGACAUCUUGUAUAGCUUGGUGCUCAAAUACCUCCUUCCUUGUAAUCAUAUUCUAAGCAGCCAGAAGAGAACUAUCAAGGAGGUGGAUCUUUACAGCAAAAGCGCUUUCAAAUUUCUGUCGCUUAUUCCCGCUUGCUGCUCCAGUGAAUCCUCUUCGCUUUCCUCUUCCACCGAGAAUUUAAACGCUAGCGCCAACACCCCAAUGAAGAUUGACCUGCAGACAUCCAGCGAGUUGGUGUUUUAUCGGUCACCGCUCCUGAGCGAUCUUUAUGCCGACGUCUGUGCGGAUUACAUGGAGUACCUCGCGGACGCGCGUGGCUUAUUAAAAGCUUGCCAGAUGAAGUGCACGUGUUGGUCCGCUCCCUACGACGGACAAAACCCAGUCCCACCGGACCCCUCCUCGGUAGAACGUGAACGGUCGCUCUCCAACUUGUCAGCACCCGUUACCAAUGGCGACAUCCCCAACCGGAGAUCCCUUGGGCCAGAGGAUGGUCGCGCUCCGGUAAAGCGAUCCAAAUCAGCGACGGAGUAUGAACAGAAGCAGAGUAAACCUGAUUUAGGACCGUUUUUAGUGACGCUGUUUCAAAAAAUCGAGCGAAUGCCGCAGAACUCUUUUUAUGUGAACUUGAUUCUGACCGGGGUAGUGUCGAGGCUGGCGUUGUAUCCUCAACCGCUUCUACGUUCCUUCCUUCUCAAUUAUAACAUGGUUCUUAAGCCAGGAGUACGCUCGUUGUUUCAGAUCCUGAGCUCAGUGAAAAUCAAGGUAGAGAACAUUGUGGAUCAAGUCGACGGACUCGACAAGUUACUGCGUCGAGCAAGAAAGAACUUGAUUCUCCGCGAGGAAAAGAGCCGUGUAAGUAUACAAAGCGUUGUUGCAGACGUGCAACAACCGCAGAAAAUAGCCAAACACUCCGAGCCGCGAAGCCCCACCACGGCUCACAAGCUGCUGCGACAAAAAACGGAUUCCUCGCUCUUGAGUAGCGUUCGCUUGCUUCAAGACGGGCCUGCCCCCAAAAGUUUUGUCAAGGGGGGUGCUAUUCUGCGCAAACAGUCUCUUGACCCUCCCAUGAGUCCGAAAUUGGUCAAAGCCAGUCAAGAGAGACGAGGUAGUAACGCUAGUGCGAGCACGAGCUCAAGUUUGUCGCUGAGUGAGUCGUGGGAGAGUUUGAACUCGCUAAGCCCGAAGUUCGGAAGCACCGCCGAUGUAAGCGCGGAGAACUUCCCGAAACCGGGGACAAUUCAAAAACUCGCCAGUCCCCAGAAUUCGCCCAGAAAAUCUUUGUCGAAGAACACGUUUAAGAGGAAAAACCCAAAGACUGCGAAAAACGCUGUUUACUGUAUCGUGGUCUUGGAAGAAUGGCUGAAGGAACUCGCCGCGAUUUCCCAGGAACAUGCUUUGUUGCUUGGCGCGGGAGAUGAAUGGCAUGCCACUACCUUGUAACCCCUGGGGCUGUGUACACCCCAGGGAUAUUACACUGGAAAAGCAACGGAGUAACAAGAUGCUUUGUCGCCAGUGGAAGAAAAGAUAUUCCCCCAAUUAAACUAGUCUACGUAAUAGUAUCGAAAAUAUUAUAUUCUUGGGCUAUUUCGAACAAUUUUUUGGGAAAUAGUGUUUUUUAAUCAAUAAGACCGAAAUGUACCUUAGUCCCAGAGGUUUCCCUUCUUUCUUCUACAGUCAAGCGAAAGUUGAGCCUUCAAAAAUGUCAUCGUUUUGUCGCUUAAAAAUGAAUGCUUUAAGAGGAACGGAAACUUCAUAGACGAAGGCACCGAAAGUUGUUCGGUGGAAAGAGAUGCGACUCAUUGUCUUGCGGAGAUAUAUGUAGUUCCAUAAAUGUAGUUGUUGACCAUAGAGCGGUUUUCACUUGGGUAUCAAAACUAAUUCGCCCUUGCUUUGGUUUUGUAUUACGACGUACGUUGAUUGGCCAAAAAAAUCUGGCGCCACUUUUUCAUCCAAUCAGAACUCGUUCGCACGCGUUUUCCCGCUCUUCGCCGCGGGUCCAUGUAUUUUCUUCGCGUUUUGAUUGGUUUACUGGAUUGUCUGCAUCCUUUGUGAUUGGCCAAAGUGAUAACAUCGAUUUUGAUUUCGAUACUCGGUUGAAACCGCUCUACUUAAUUCAAGUAAAAAUUUUCUCUUUUAGUCAAUGAUAGAUACCGUGAUGGAAAAUAGAAAAAUUUUAUAAUAACGGGCCAAAAUUAGUGUUUAAAAGAAAUUUUAUACCAUCCAGAGUUUUUCUCUUUAAUAUUUAAAGAGAAGCUAUCGAUUAGAAUGUUAUUUUGUUAUUGGUUAAAGUUUAUAUACUAGUUUAUUAUAUGGCUGUGUCUCACAAGGACUGGGAACUACCGAAUUCGCGAAUCUGAUUGGCUGAAAUCGAUAUUGACCGCGGUCUAGAUUUUCCCAUCUAGACCGACAUCUCGACCGAUUACGUUUUGCCGUGAAAAAGUUGCAAACUAAAUACAAAAAUAUUGACUAUUUUCUUCCAAAAUAUUGGUUCCAGAAAAUAUACAUAUUGUGGAAGUGCCAAGGCUGAUGAAGAAAAAAAGUAAAGAGGACGAGCAAACUUUGGCAGAAGUAAGUUCAGCUCAUCGCCGUUCGCA